GGCGCUGUGCUCAAUGCGGAACACGUUUGGGCGCUGGCGCUUCAUCCGGGCACUUCAUAAAGGACCCAAAGGUACCCCGGCCGUCCAGUAAGUCUGGGAUAUUUAUGCUUUCUGAAUCCCUGAGCCAUAAGGAUUUAUAGAACUAGACGUUGCCAAAAAGAAAGUGUGGAACGAGUAUUUUCUGGCAUUCAACCUACAGGAAUCCUCCACCUUGGAAAUUAUCUGGGAGCCAUUGAGAGCUGGGUGAGAUUACAGGAUAAAUAUGACACAGUGUUGUAUAGCAUCGUUGACCUCCACUCCAUCACAGUUCCCCAAGACCCCAUCUUCCUUCACCAGAGCAUCCUGGAUAUGACUGCCACCCUCCUUGCCUGUGGCAUAAACCCAGAAAAAAGCAUUCUUUUCCAACAAUCUCAGGUGUUAGAACACACUCAGUUAAAUUGGAUCCUUACCUGCAUGAUCAGACUGCCUCGACUGCAGCACUUACACCAGUGGAAGGCAAAGACUGCCAAGCAGAAGCAUGAUGGGACAGUCGGCCUACUUACAUACCCAGUUCUCCAGGCAGCUGACAUUCUGUCCUACAAGUCCACACAUGUUCCUGUUGGGGAGGAUCAAGCCCAGCACAUGGAACUUGUUCAAGAUCUAGCUCAAGGUUUCAACAAGAAGUAUGGGGAGUUCUUUCCAGUGCCCCAGUCUAUUCUAACAUCCAUGAGGAAAGUGAGAUCCCUCCGUGACCCUUCUACCAAAAUGUCAAAAUCAGACCCUGACAAACUGGCCACUGUUCGAAUAACAGACAGCCCGGAGGAGAUUGUGCAGAAGUUCCGGAAGGCUGUGACAGACUUCACCUCAGAGGUUUCCUACGAGCCUGCCAGCCGCAAGGGAGUCUCCAACCUGGUUGCAAUCCACGCAGCGGUGACUGGGCUCACUGUGGAGGAAGUAGUGUGCAACAGUGCUGGCAUUGACACUGCACACUACAAGCUGCUGGUGGCAGACGCUGUGAUUGAGAAAUUUGCUCCAAUUAAGAGUGAAAUUGAAAAACUGAAAAUGGACAAAGACCAUUUAGAGAAGGUUUUAAGAGCCGGAUCUGCCAAAGCCAAAGAAUUAGCAUAUCCCACACUCCAAGAGGUGAAGAAACUGAUAGGGAUUCUGUAGGAAGUUCCAAAUAGUCACAGAAAAAUCCUUUGUAUCUUGCAGUGUGAGCACUCCUGAGGGCAGCAUUCCUCCCAAAAUAUUACGACUUUAGUAUAUUUAAUUUGUUAUUACUGAUCAUUAGCUUCAACUGAUAAAUCAUGCUUUGAUGCCUUCAGUAGUGUAAAGAUUCAAAUACUCCACAAAUGUUGCAUUCAGAAGAAAAAAAUUAUAGAAAGCAUAACUUUUUGGAUCCCCACGUAUCUCAGGCACACUUCUGGGGCUAUCCCCAGAAAAGUGAUUAAGCUGAGCAGUAACUUGGGAUAUGGGCCAUGGUGUGUGCUCCUUGCUGAAGUCCAUAACAGGACUGUAUCUGAGCCUUUUAAAAAGCUAUACAUAGAGAUCUUGGUCAUAGUCCUGAAUCCAGUCUGUAUUCAGAUCUCAUAGUUGGUUGUCAUUAAGAUGAUGUUUGUCUUGAUACAGUCAAGCUACUUACCUUGUUUCUCAAGAAAUCAUACUAACUUGUUCCAGCAAAUAUUUGUUUUUUAAUUCAAGUACAGGAUAUCAUAUUCUGAAAGUAUUUUGUUAUUUCAUCUUUAUUUGUUUAUUUUAUAAAACCCAAGUCCCUAAAUUACAUUACUAAUAGCCUCCCCUCCCCAUCCCAAAUUAAUCUACCAACCUCUUGUGAAAAAUAGGAGGGACUAAAACAAUGGCCUAUCAUUUAAUAUGCUUGCCUGCAAAGCCUAAGGACCCAGGUUCAGUUCCACAGUGCUUACAUAAGCCAGAGGCAGAAGGUGAUACAUUCAUCUGGAAUUAGUUUAUAGUGGCUGGGGGCUUUGGCAUGCCCAUUCUUUCUGUGUGUGUCUCUCUGCCUCUUUCUCUCAAAUAAGUAAAUAAAUAAAUAAGUUUUUUUUUCAAAAGAGAAAAAUAAAAAAAAUAAAAAGGAGAAAAGUGAAGUCUGAUGUAGAAUUAGCUCAAAAAAUAUCACUUAGCAAGUAAGAAGCAAAUCCAAGAGCAAACACAUAGCUCCUUGCUCAUAAGGGCUGUCUGGUUUGCUUUGAAUCUGCACAAAGCCUCAAUACAGGUUUUGAGCUUUCAAAUAUUCCAAUUUUGAGGGUAAGUCUUAGAAAUACACACCUUGGAACCUGAAAUGCUCAUUUUAUUUAUGUUAACAAAUUAGCCAAAAGCUACCUGGUAUAAAUUUGGAUUCAGUCAACCUUAUUCACUUAUAUUCAUUAAAAUCCCAAUAGGUCCCAAGUUUUGUCUUCUAGGCUUAUAUUAUAGAUACUUCUUCCAAGUCUAUUUUCCUAGACUGUGGCAGUAGUGAGGACUGAUACUCAAGAUAGUCCCAGUGAAGAGAAUAUUCUCAUCUUAACCUCUUCCUCCUCUCUGUACAUCAUAACAAAUCACCCUCAAACCUACACUUCCAUUCCUACAGCUCCUCUACCCUUUCAGACCUACACCUGAAAAUAGACAUGUCAGUCGUGGCUUACACAGCAGGACCUAUAGCAAGUACCAUUGCACAUGUAUUCAGCUGUUCCUGGAAUACUUGAUAGAGAAUUUUGAUUCAAGUUUCAGCAAAGAAGAAAGGGGCAAGUAGUGUGAUCCUUGUAACAGCAACAGACGUAAAAACCCUGAGUCCAAAAAUUCAAAUUAUAAGGUUGUCUUAGAGAUCACUUGGUGUGUGGAAAAAGGACACAUUUUGCCUGCUGGAAUUUUUCAAAACUUUUUAUUGACAAUUUUCAUAUACAAACAUGCUAUAAUUUGAUAAUCCCCUCUCAUUACCUUCAUUUUCUUUCUUUCCCACCCCCUUCCACUGAACCUCUUCUUCCUUCCAACUAGUCUUCUACUUCAAUGUCUUUUUUUUUUAAAUGUCUAAAUGUUGAUGAGGUCAUGGUUAUGUCCCAAAGUAUUCCUCCUUAUCCUGUGGCUUUUACAUUUUUUCUGCCUUCUCUUCUGAAAUGUUCCCUGGUCCUUAGAGAUAAAGAUGUACCAUUUAUCACUGAUAGAGAUGUUUUAUUUAGCACUGAGUACUCAACAGUCACUUAUUCUCAGCACUUUGACAAGUUUUGAAUCUCCCUAGUAGUCACCACAGUCUGCAAAAAUAACCUGAUCUUAACCAAGGUGAUAGCAACACUAAUUUAUGGAAAAAGUCAUAAAUAUUUAGAGGGUACUUUGAUGGACACAACAAAUCCAUCUAGUCAACCAUUGCAGCUUUGCCACUAAGGUCUAUGUCCUUAUUAAUCAUAGGCUGCUGAGUAGACUUUCAAUACCAUACAUGUACUUCCUCCUUUGGAAUGGGCUUCAACUCCAAUCAAGAGAGCAGUUAGUUACCCACCAUAACUGUCAUGCCACUGUUACACCAGUGGAUAAAUCUUGGCUGGCUGGUUAGUUGAAUAGUAUGAAAGAUGCUGGGUAAGUCCCCCAGCAGCCAACAUAGCACUUCCCAGCACUGUGACAUUUAUCUAGGAGAGAAGAGGCUUUCAACGUUAUUAUUUAGUGUCUCAUAACUUAUGCUUCUGGUGUCUUCAGCAAUAGGAUCUUAUCAUCUAAUUCUAAUGGGAAACCAACAUCCUGUAUUGUUUGGGGGACUGCAAAAGCCUCCCUGACCACUCAUGGGGAGGAUAAUACCCCUGGCACUGGAGUUAUCCUGCUACAGUCUAUGACUUCAGAGAGCAAUAUUAUCCACCCCCCACCAAGAGUUUUUGCCAAAAUUCUUUUUUUAUCUUAAUUUGUUAAGUAGCCAAUAAUCAUUCUCUAACAGUUCUUUAUCUGUACAGUAGAUUGCUUUCUACUAUAGCCUGUUUCCAGUUCAGCCUGUCAAAUGCACUGUGCUGGUGUUACCAGUUAAAGGGAGUACCAUGUGACAGUUGUUGGAUUUUGGGGGUUUUUGUUUAGUUUUGUUUUGUUUUUAACAAACUCCAGAAACAUAUGCCACCUUGUGCAUCUGGCUUACAUGGGUUCUGCGGAAUUGAUCAUUGGUUCUUUGGCUUUGCAGGCAAGUGCCUUAACUGCUACGCCAUCUCUCCAUCCCAAUAUUGGAAUGUGUGUUCUUAUCCACUAUGUGUUAUACCUGUGUGAUCAACAUUCUUUGAUCAUUCUUUCACCUGCUUGACUCAUUUGAAGGUUUUUGAGUAAGGGUGUCGAUUCCUCUCUGUGAUUGAGCUGAAAACAGAUUGCCUAUGAUUAGCAAUUAAGAUUCCAAGCACUGCCUGGCAUGAUGGCACAUGUCUUUAAUCCCAGCACUCAGGAGGCAGAGGUUAAGAGGAUCACCAUGAGUUCAAGGCCACCCCGAGACUACAUAGUCCAGGUCACCCUGGACUAGAGUGAAACCUUACCUCAAAAAACCAAAAAAAAAAAAAAAAGAAGAAGAAGAAGAUUUCCAAGUACUCUUGUAGACAACAACCAGGUGGCUUUACUGUUAAUCAUUUUAAAACCUCAUAUGUUAACUCUCAAUAAUUCUGUUUUGUUGGCUAAACAAGGAUUAUUUGCUUUCUCAAGGAAGUAAAUUGGGAUUCAUUGUGUUACAGAUUUGUCCCUAAAUAUGUAAUUCAAUAUUGUGGCAAAUGUGAGCAACAAGAGAAAGAUAGUAUGCCUUGAAUUUAAUAGAAGACACACAGAGACGCUAGCUAGAAGAUGCUUGGGGGUGAGUGGUUGCCAUAAAUGUUCAGGGAAGAAAUAUUAUAAACAUGGAGUAGGAAAAAAGGCUUUCUGAUCAGAAAGUAGAACACAGAAUGACCAUACAGAGAGAAAAGCAUACUAUAUUAUUUUGGACAUUAAAGCUGUCAAUAUUUGAUCAUUACUUUUUACCUAUAAAACUGACUAUUCCAAAUGGAUCAACAUAUUAAAUGAAAAAAGCAUUUGCAGAGCACAUGUUUACAGAUAUCUUUUAGGCACCAAAAUCUAGAAAUAAGACACUACCCUCAGGCUCCUUGUUCAUGUGGAUAUGGCUGUGGGAAGCUGGCAAAAGGUGGAAUACAAAUAAAGCCAGUUUUCUCAGCCUA